GACGAUUCACUAUGGGCGGAGUAUAUUGGGCAACAGGGAAGCAACAACGAGGGCGACUCAGAAUCUACCUAAGGUCUGCAGCCAGAUGGGUUCCAGGACGACUUUCCCGAUGACACAAAAAUGCUCAUAACGCUGUGCUAUGUCUAUCUUUGGGUGCGGUUUCAGAAAUGCUACACAUUGGUUAUCCGGAGUACCGUGAACAGGCUGUGCGGAACGAGAAGCAGUUUUACAUUUUGCGCUGUGAAACCACCAAUUGCACAGAGCUGGCAAGACACCGGUGAUCAAAGUUUCAUUCAACAGCAGCGUUCUACCUCGACCGAAGAUACAGUUUUUCUCAAGCUUGGCAACAAGGUCAUUUACAUUACCGAACCGCAGGCUUGUGAUGACAUCAGUAAGUGGACAUUGCUGUUAGGAUCAUCUGUGGCUUAUGGUCCAAGGACAGAAAACAUUGCUUUCGUAAUAGAGGCAGCAUCUGGCCAAAGAGUGGGCAAUUCACCUACUUCAUCAAACAAGAAGGUGCUUAAGUGGUCAGAUCACUGCCUGCCUCUUGCCUGCAGCCCUGGCCAGCCAUACAAGGCGGUGGCAGAGGCCAGCGCGGAGAACUUCAGCCGGCUCGGAGUGGCCUUCAUGGAAAACCGGCUGCGAAUGGACCAUGGUCUUAUACCUGAAAAGAUAGUCUCUGUCUUCCUCAAGGACUCUGCACUUGAAGAGCUUGUAGAGAAGAAACGUCUGGAGAGCCGUGGACGCACGGAGCUCAUCUCAGACCUGCCCGUGGAAGAACCUUCGCCCUGCAAGGAGGAAAACGCUGUGGGACGAGGCGCCACGCCACACGCAUCCCAGGAGAGCAGUCUGCGGCUGCCGCCCACCCCUGCGAAGGAGGGCCAGCGGUGUCUGGAGGAGCGGCGAGUUUUGGAGGGCAGGCGUAGCUCCGGGCCGAGGGCGGAGGAGGAGGACGGGGACUGCGACUCCACCAGGGGCAGCCACAUGGAGGGCCACCACCACCUCCACCUGUCCAGCUGCCACGAGUGUCAGGAGCUGGAGAACAGCACCAUCCUGUCGGUCAAGUUCGCCUCGGCCGAGAACAUCCCCGACCUUCCCGACGACUACGGCGGGGAGGAGGGCGAGAGUGAGGAGGAGGGCGAGGGCUUUGCGGGCCAGACCCGGAGGGUCAACCCCAGUGGCAAGCCGCCCAAUGUGCUGGUGUACACUGGCGGCUGCCUGGAGCGGUUCGAGCGGGUGCGCUCGGUCCUGGCCGAGUGCGUGGACACGGACAACUACACCGUCUACCCCCUGCGACCCCAGCAGGCCCUGAGUGAGCCCUGGCUCGACAGCGCCCUCCUGCUGGUGCUGGCGUCCGACGAGGCCCUCACCCCGCAGCUCCACGAGCGUUUCCUGGCCUACCUGGGCCGGGGCGGGAAGGUCCUGGGUCUCUGCUCCACGUUCUGCCCCGGGCCCCUGUCCGUGGUGCCCCGGGAGGCCCAGAGGAACCGGGUUCACAGGCUGAGCUUCACCAAGGCCGACUCCUCCGAGCUGGAGCUCAGUGUCAUGGCCGGUGGGAGGGCCUUCGAGCGGGAGGGGGCCCUGGGCCCCAAGGACCAGGUGGAGCUCUGGGGCGAGCUGCACGGGGAUGCCCGCGACAUGGCCAUCGUCCGGGUGACGCACGGAGAGGAGGGAGGGGAGGCCAUACUCUGCCAGGUCCGCCUGGAGACGGCGCCUGACUCCCAGGAGGUGGAGCGCGUGCAGGAUUUUGACGAGCUGAAAAUGAGCAACACCCGGCGCUACGAGGUUCUGACGGAAGUGCUGAGCUCCCUGGGGCUGAGCUGUGAGCUGAGCCAGGUGCCUCCGCCCAGCCCCGUCUACCUCCUCUCAGCCUCUCCGGAGUCCCGCAGCCAGCUGCUGGCCUGGCUGCAGAGGCAGGUGGAUGGAGAGGGGCUCCUGAAGUCUCCCAAAGCGAAGCUCAAAGUGGUUUCGUGUGUGGAGCCCCAGCUGGUCCUACCGGAGGGGGUGCUUGCCCUGGUCACCGAGCCCCCAGAGGUCGUCUCCCAGCAGUUCAGCCUGGAGACCUACUGCCUCAACCUGCGGACCCGAACCCUGGGCCAGAGCCUGCUGUUCGCCGAGGUCACCCCCACCACCAUGGACCUGCUGGAGGGGUUGAUGCUCCAGCUGCCACAGGAAGUAGGGUUAAUCGCUGUUGCGGCCCGGCAGACUCAGGGCAAAGGUCGCGGGGGCAACGCCUGGCUCAGCCCGCUGGGGUGUGCCAUGUUCAGCCUGCACGUGCAGGUGCCCGUCAGCUCCCGGCUGGGCCAGAGAAUCCCCUUCCUGCAGCACCUGGCUGCACUGGCCGUGGUGGAGGCAGUGCGGACCCUGCCCGGAUACGAGGACAUUGAUUUGAGACUGAAGUGGCCUAAUGACAUUUACUACUGUGACCUCAUGAAAUUAGGCGGAGUUUUGGUGAACUCCACGCUUAUGGGACCGACAUUUCAUUUGCUUAUUGGCUGUGGAUUCAACGUGAGUAACAGCAACCCCACCAUCUGCAUCAACGACCUGGUGGUGCAGCACAACCGGGAGCGCGGGACGGCCCUGGAGCCUCUGGGCACGGACCAGCUGAUCGCUCGCACCGUCACCGUCCUGGAGAAGCUCAUCUGCGACUUCCAGGAGCAGGGCCCUCAAGCCGUCCUGCCCCUCUACUACAAGAGAUGGGUGCAUGGCGGCACGCAGGUGCGUCUCUGGAGUGAGGAUGGGCCGAAAGCAGCCGUGGUGGGACUGGACGACAACGGCUUCCUGCAGGUGCGGUCCCAGGAGCAGGGCGUGGUCUCGGUGCAGCCGGAUGGAAACUCCUUCGACAUGCUGAGGAACCUGGUCGUGAGCAAGCACAGCUAGACCGUGUGGAACCACCCGACCAGCCUCAAAUGCGUCGGUUUACACGGCAAGGCAUUAUUGACCAAGAAGACUUUUUUGUUGAAGGCAGAAACUGUUGAAGUUUAAUUAUUUUCUUUUCUGUGUAAAAAUUCAAGAUUGGAACCUGGGGGAACCAAAGGGCAAGGAAUACAUGAUUUUGAAUAAAGAUAUAGGAUAAUAGUUAUAUUAAAGGAACUGAGUAUUUAUUUUUAUAGAAAUUACAAUGGAGGGGACUUGUGUAUUGUGUAGUUACUAACACAGGGUAAAUUUCUUCAUCUUUAUAUCGUUUUUUUGGGGGCAAAUCCUUACUCUGGAUUUGAGUUGAGUAUAUUUUUGUUUGAUGUAAAGCAAAUUAUUAAUUAGACAAAUUUAGUGUAAGCACUUAAAAUUCAUAAUGAGAUCUGUGUGUCAGUUGAGUGAUUAGUUAAGAACUGUAACUCUGUAAGUCUUCCUUCCUUGUACCAGCAGUGUAUUAAAGACUCCUAUACAUGGGGCUGAUUUCCAUCUGCUUAAAUGCUAGACAUCCGUCAGUUUAUUGAUAUUCACUUCAUAGCACAGUGAUGUUGCUUUUGUCUGGCAACCCACCAGGGCAUUUCGUUGUAACACAGAACCAGUAGGACUUGUACAUUUGGUAUGUGAUGGUGAUUGAACAUUUCAAACAUAUUUCGGUCUGGUAAACAGUGUUUAACAGUACUCAAAUGUUAUUGACAUGUGAGGUCACCCGGUUUAAUGCGAAUGUGUCAGUUUUGAUGCAAACACAUUGUAAUAGACUUCCAAAAAAGCUGACUCCAAUUCAGGAGGCAGGAAAGUGCAAAUUGAUUUUUGUUUAACAUUUGUAGUUUCAUGCCUAUAAAUAACCAAUGGCCUGUAAACUAUUGUAUGCGAUGUUUCACUUAUAUGAUCCAAAUCAAUUUUGAAUUACAAACAGCUUUGCUUUUUUUUUUUUUUUUCUCUCUCCCCCCCCCCCCCCCCCAAGAGAGCUGUAUGUUGGACUAUUGAUGAGAUAUUAAGAUUUCAGCGUCUGUUAAAUUGUGCCUAAUAUUUGCACACUUAUCAAUGUGCAUGCUGAACUUACUAUAUACCUGGUCUUUCAGUAAUUAUGUUGUUUUUAGCUGCUGCAGUUGGUUGUUCUUAUGAAACAUUUAUCAGACAACCUCAUGUUAUUUUGUAUUUUGAAGUGAUUUGUUUAUUUAGUUAAGUGAAAUUGCUGUUGAACACCACUUGACUACUGAUGAAUAACACUACAGAGAAAUGUACUCUAUGAUCAUUUGUUUUCAUGCUUAUUAAUAACUGGAUUAUGCAGGAACUUUACCCAUUUUUGUCAGUUUUUGAAAUGCUCAGUUGCAUUGAAUACAAGUUCAAAGAGAGCAGGAUGGAUUUGUAAUCAUAAUAGGAAAAAGAUUUAGGAUUCCCUUAGGGCCUGAGCUUGUGUAGCUGUGAAGUGUAACAUUAACAACAGGCCGAUUAGUGUUUUAGCUUUAGUUUAGUUUGUUUUAGUGAGGUAGUUCGCAAGGCAGUCUUGCAGUAAGUAUGGAGCCUCCACUAUUAAAGACCCUGUGCAGUCUCA